GGCUUCUGGUUUUUCUUCUAAAAUUAUAAAAGAUUAAGCAAUUGUCAAUAGUCACACACAACUGACAACACACGGUGGAGGAGAUGGAGAAGAAGGAGAGGCAUUUUGUACUGGUUCAUGGAGCCUGUCAUGGAGCAUGGAGUUGGUACAAAGUGGCAACCCUACUGAAAUCGGCUGGUCAUAAAGUAACAGCCUUGGACUUAGCUGCGAGCGGGAUUCACCCAAAGCAAGCACAUGAGCUCAGAUCACUAUCAGAUUACCUUGAACCUUUGAUGGAAUUCAUGGCAUCUCUUCCAGCAGAUGAAAGAGUUAUCCUUGUGGGCCACAGCUUUGGUGGAGCCUGUAUCUCUGUUGCCAUUGAAAAGUUCCCUGAGAAAGUUUCUGUUGCAGUAUAUGCUACAGCCCAUAUGUUUGGUCCUGACCUCAAUUUCUAUGCAGUAUAUGAUGAGAUCUUUCGGAAGUCGGAUUUGCCCAUGGACUCACAAUUCACAUUCGAUCAAGGGCCCAACAACCCACCAACCACAAUGCUAUUUGGGUCCAAUUUGAUGGCAUCCAAGUUAUACCAGCUCUCCCCACCUGAGGAUUUGGCGCUUGCUAUGUCAUUGGUGAGACCUUCUCGUCUUUAUGGUCAUGAUGCAUUGUUGUUAAAAGAACCAGAACUAACCAAGGAAAAAUGUGGGUCUGUUCGUAAAGUUUAUAUUGUGUGUGACCAAGACAAUUCUAUAAAGGAGGAUUUACAAAGGUGGAUGAUUGAGAGAAAUCCAACAGAUGAAGUGAAGGUGAUAACUGGUUCUGAUCACAUGGUUAUGUUUUCUAAACCAAAGGAGCUGUGCUUAUGUCUCGAAGAGAUUGUGAAGAAAUAUUCUUAA